GUGCUGCUGAUAUUUCCAUUGCACAGCGGGAAGCACCAUAUAAAGUUUUUUUGUCUUCAUUUCUUCUCUGAAGUGUUUUUAUUAUGAGUCAGAGACAAAGUAUUAGAAUGGCAUAAAAUAUGGCCCAGUUCUACUACAAAAGAAGCGUCAAUGCUCCCUACAGAGAUCGAAUCCCUCUUCGCAUCGUGCGGGCAGAAUCCGAACUGUCCCAUUCAGAGAAGGCCUACCUGAAUGCCGUGGAGAAAGGAGAUUACGCCAGUGUAAAGAAAGCCUUGGAGGAGGCAGAAAUUUAUUUCAAGAUCAAUAUUAACUGCAUUGAUCCCCUGGGAAGAACUGCACUCCUAAUUGCAAUUGAAAAUGAGAACCUUGAGCUCAUUGAGCUUCUCUUAAGUUUUAACGUGUAUGUGGGAGAUGCUCUGUUGCAUGCCAUACGGAAGGAGGUGGUUGGAGCCGUGGAGCUGCUGUUGAAUCACAAGAAACCCAGUGGAGAGAAGCAGGUGCCACCAGUGCUUCUGGACAAGCAGUUUUCAGAAUUUACACCGGAUAUCACACCUAUUAUUCUGGCCGCCCACACCAACAAUUACGAAAUCAUAAAGCUCCUGGUGCAGAAGGGGGUGUCUGUGCCCAGGCCGCACGAGGUGCGCUGUAACUGUGUGGAAUGUGUCUCAAGCUCAGAUGUGGACAGCCUCCGCCACUCUCGCUCCAGACUCAAUAUCUACAAGGCUCUGGCGAGCCCAUCAUUGAUUGCUUUGUCCAGUGAGGAUCCUUUCCUUACCGCUUUUCAGCUGAGCUGGGAGCUGCAGGAACUGAGUAAAGUCGAAAAUGAGUUUAAGUCAGAGUAUGAGGAACUGUCACGGCAGUGCAAGCAAUUUGCAAAAGAUCUUCUGGAUCAGACACGGAGUUCCAGGGAAUUGGAAAUUAUUCUUAAUUACAGAGAUGAUAAUAGCUUGAUAGAAGAACAAAGUGGUAAUGAUCUUGCAAGAUUGAAACUGGCAAUUAAGUACCGUCAAAAAGAGUUUGUUGCUCAGCCCAACUGCCAGCAGCUGCUCGCAUCCCGCUGGUACGACGAGUUCCCUGGAUGGCGGAGGCGACACUGGGCAGUGAAGAUGUUGACAUGUGUUGUGAUAGGACUCCUUUUCCCAGUCUUCUCUGUGUGCUACCUGAUAGCUCCCAAAAGCCCAUUGGGGCUGUUCAUCAGAAAGCCAUUUAUCAAAUUUAUCUGCCAUACAGCAUCGUACUUGACUUUUCUGUUCCUGCUGCUGCUUGCCUCUCAGCACAUCGACAGGUCAGACCUCAGCAUGCAGGGACCCCCUCCAACCAUCGUCGAGUGGAUGAUUUUACCGUGGGUCCUGGGUUUUAUCUGGGGUGAAAUUAAACAGAUGUGGGAUGGUGGACUACAGGACUACAUUCACGAUUGGUGGAAUCUCAUGGAUUUUGUAAUGAACUCCUUGUACUUGGCAACAAUCUCCUUGAAAAUCGUUGCAUUUUCAAAGUACAGUGGGUUAGUUCCACGGGAGAGCUGGGACAUGUGGCACCCAACCCUGGUGGCUGAGGCCCUGUUUGCAAUUGCAAACAUCUUCAGCUCCCUGCGCUUGAUCUCAUUAUUCACUGCAAAUUCUCACCUGGGACCUCUGCAGAUAUCUCUAGGAAGAAUGUUGCUGGACAUUUUGAAGUUUCUCUUCAUAUACUGCCUUGUGCUGCUCGCUUUUGCAAAUGGAUUGAACCAGCUGUACUUCUACUAUGAGACAAAUGAACCUGGCAACUGCAAAGGAAUACGAUGUGAAAAGCAGAAUAAUGCAUUCUCAACGUUAUUUGAAACGCUGCAGUCAUUAUUCUGGUCUAUAUUUGGACUCAUCAAUCUCUAUGUGACCAAUGUGAAAGCAAGGCAUGAAUUCACUGAAUUUGUUGGGGCCACCAUGUUUGGUACCUAUAAUGUAAUAUCUCUGGUUGUUCUACUCAACAUGCUAAUAGCCAUGAUGAAUAACUCUUACCAACUCAUUGCUGAUCAUGCAGACAUUGAGUGGAAGUUUGCUCGAACAAAACUCUGGAUGAGUUAUUUUGAAGAAGGAGGAACUCUGCCCACUCCUUUUAAUGUCAUACCAAGCCCAAAGUCUUUGUGGUAUCUGAUCAAAUGGUUAUGGAGACACCUUUGCAAGAAAAAAAUUAGAAGAAAGCCUGAAAGUUUUGGAACAAUAGGGAGACGUGCAGCUGACAAUUUGCGGAGACAUCAUCAAUACCAGGAAGUUAUGAGAAAUCUGGUUAAAAGGUAUGUUGCAGCAAUGAUAAGAGAUGCCAAAACUGAGGAAGGAUUGACAGAAGAAAAUUUUAAGGAGUUAAAACAAGAUAUUUCCAGCUUUCGCUUUGAAGUCCUGGGUUUAUUAAAAGGAAGCAAGCUGUCUAAUUUGCAGACUGGGAAGAUGAGCAAAGACACUGCCUCUCUGUCAGAAAAUGAAGAAAAUAGCGAGAGUGAAGGAAACAAGAAAGGAAAGAAGAAACCCUUCAGCCUUUUUGACAUAACAACGAUGAUUCACCCACGAUCAGCCAAUAUCGCCUCUGAAGGACAUAGUGUAAGCAAUGGCUCAGCAAUGAUGGUGUCGGAGACCACUCAGGAGAAACAAAAGCGGGUGAAUUUUGUAACAGACAUAAAAAAUUUUGGGUUGUUUCACAGACGAUCAAAAACAAACUCUGUGGAACAGAGUAAAAAUAAAAUAUACACCGUUUCUGAAGAAGUUUCCCGCCAACAGGCAGAAGAACAAUGUGAGAAAACUGAUGAACUGGAAGAGGGAGAAUUGAUCAUGAACUGUGAAUUAAACUUCCGAAAUCCUGGCAAAAAAUGUGUUUUAGCUGAGUCACAAAAUACCAGUGAGUCUUUGGAUUCACACGAAGAGGGGAGUAUUUGUCCUUCAGAAACAGAGAAAAUGGAGUUACAGAGCUCAGAACCUGCCACUCCACAGGAUCAGCUGGGCAAGGCUUUGGACAUUAGCAUUGACUCUGAUGGGAAACAGGAAACAAUUGUUCAGGGGGACUAUGUGAUAACAAGGUUGUGAUGCUUACAGGAGGAAGCAUUUACAAAUAUAUAUAUUUUGCAUAGUGCUUUUGGGGGGGAAUGUUUUAAGAACUAUAUUAGCUAAUGCAGAAUUACACUUUAUAGUACUCAACUGUGGCACAUGAUCUUGUAACAUAGUAGUCAAGAGAAAGAAAAUAUGAGGACCUUCUGUUUUGUAGCCUGCUUUAGCUUUCACGAUUUGUUUUACAUUUUUUAAUAAAUGGAAGCAUCUUGUAUUCUUGUACUGUUGCAAUAACCCACAGAAACUUUUUAGCUAUCUUUUUCAAUUACAACAAAUGGAAUUUCUCUCAUAUGAUAGUUGACUCCUAUGAUAAAUAUUUUUCUAUGCAAAUAAAAAGUAGCUUAAGA